GACUAGGCCAGCAGCCUCAGCUCGCGGGGAGCUAGCCGUUAGCAUCCACUCGGACCGACAACACGGAAACGAGCCCGGCUUGGACUCUCCUGCUGCGGGACGUUUUCUGUGGUUCCAGCGCGCCUCUACCCGCCUCUUUCCGCGGCUAACGGUUCCUCCCGGUUCUUCCCGGCUCCUCCGUCCUCCUGGUUCCGGACAGGCGGUUAAACCCGAAACAUGUCUGCGGUGCAGCGGAUGAAAGUGGCGAACGAGCGGCACAGCAAGACGAUCACACAGCGGGGACACGUCCAGAAGACAUCGCGACCAGUAAAUGACGAUAAAUCUCCGGUGGGCCCGUGGCUGCUCGCGCUCUUCGUCUUCGUGGUUUGUGGUUCAGCCAUCUUCCAGAUCAUUCAGAGCAUCAGGCAGGGCAUGUGAUGACCUCUGACCUCGGAGCUGAACCUGUCGCAUGGAGGGGGCGGGGCACGUCACCUUCAUGGCCCCGUCAUCACACACACACACACACACACACACACACACACACACACACACACACACACUGGUCUGUCUGUGUUUGUUACAAACCUCAGUCACUUUAACCUGAUUCCAACCUGAACCCUGGAACCAAGUGUGGUCAUGUCCCCACGCGGCCGUCGUGUCCCCACGCGGCGGUCGUGUCCCCACGCGGCGGUCGUGUCCCCACAGGGCCGUCGUGUCCCCACGCGGCGGUCGUGUCCCCACGCGGCGGUCGUGUCCCCACAGGGCCGUCGUGUCCCCACAGGGCCGUCGUGUCCCCACGCGGCGGUCGUGUCCCCACGCGGCGGUCGUGUCCCCACGCGGCGGUCGUGUCCCCACGCGGCCGUCGUGUCCCCACAGGGCCGUCGUGUCCCCACAGGGCCGUCGUGUCCCCACGCGGCCGUCGUGUCCCCACGCGGCCGUCGUGUCCCCACAGGGCCGUCGUGUCCCCACGCGGCCGUCGUGUCCCCACGCGGCCGUCGUGUCCCCACGCGGCCGUCGUGUCCCCACAGGGCCGUCGUGUCCCCACGCGGCGGUCGUGUCCCCACGCGGCGGUCGUGUCCCCACAGGGCGGUCGUGUCCCCACGCGGCGGUCGUGUCCCCACGCGGCGGUCGUGUCCCCACGCGGCGGUCGUGUCCCCACGCGGCGGUCGUGUCCCCACGCGGCCGUCGUGUCCCCACGCGCCGGUCGUGUCCCCACGCGGCCGUCGUGUCCCCACGCGCCGGUCGUGUCCCCACGCCGCCGUCGUGUCCCCACGCGGCCGUCGUGUCCCCACAGGGCCGUCGUGUCCCCACGCGCCGGUCGUGUCCCCACGCGGCCGUCGUGUCCCCACGCGCCGGUCGUGUCCCCACGCCGCCGUCGUGUCCCCACGCCGCCGUCGUGUCCCCACGCCGCCGUUGUGUCCCCUCAAACACAGACAGACAUGAACACACUCGUUCCAGUGGCGUUUGAACUGGUUUCUGUUCGACUGUAAGCCAACCUCUCUGUCUGCAGUACAUCACUGUUUGUUUGUUUACUUAUUUCAGUGUCGAUGAAGCUGAUCAGUUAUUGAUUAUUGGUUAUUGAUUGCUGUCUGAUGAAGUCUUACCCCUUCCUGCUGUGGUCUGUGGUUUACAGGGACACGCUGCUGUCAGUCCUCCAUCAGGCUCAUUACUUAAUCAUAUUUAUGGAGAAGUUUUGCUGUAAACGGUCUUUGAAGAAACAAAACAAAUGUUUCAUGAAAGGAACAAAUGAAAACUUCAUGCUGCUAAAAACAGAUUAGGAAUUGAAAUAUAAUUUGACAGCUUCUGUGAGCGUACUUUUAAGACCACUUUGAAAGUCUGAUAGAGAUAGUUUGUUUUCUAAUGACUGUGUAGAACCGUCUGUUUUCUGUUAGAACCAUGGAUGUUUGGGGUUUAAAAUGUGACAGAUGAUCGAUGUUUCAGUCAGAUGUUUUUGUUUAUGAUAGCAGAAAACUGAAGAAGGAGCAUCAGAUGGAUUUUUGCUUUAAAAUGCUUCAACGGCGUGAAUGAACUUCCAGCCCUGACGCUGUAGAGCAGGUCCAUGUUGUUAGGUUUUAGUGAAUGAAUCAGUGGAAGGUGGUUUUGGUCUGGAGGAAACAGCAGCGUGCUCCUUUAAACCCUCUGGUGGUUGGAGCAGCAGCAGACGGCACAUCUGAAGUUGUUUUUGCUGUAAAAUGAUUGAUCCAUGCUCCGCUUUUAUACAAAAUAAAUCUCAGAUAUUUUCUCUA